CCGAAAGCGAUAAAUAGAUAUUCCAACCCUAUAUUCGAUCCGCAAACAAUUUUGUGUUCCCGUCUCUUUCUUCUCUCUCAAGAAAUAGAAAUGGCGGAUUCUUCAGGUUCCCAGAAAUCCGACGCCGAGCGCGAGGAAAUGUUGGAUCGAAUGCUAACUCGUUUGGCUCUUUGUGACGAUUCCAAGCUCGAAAACUUGCUUUCCAAGCUUCUCCCUUACUGUAUCUCUUCACUUUCUUCUCAGUCUGCAGAAGUCAGAAAGAAGGUUAUGGAGAUCUUGAGUCAUGUGAAUAAGAGGGUGAAGCAUCAGCCACAGAUUGGUUUGCCUUUGUCAGAGUUAUGGAAAGUGUAUCUUGAAAAUAAUGCAGCUCCAAUGGUUAAGAACUUCUGUAUAGUGUAUAUUGAGAUGGCAUUUGAACGCUUAUGUAUAGAGGAGAAAGCAAGUAUGGCACCUGAGCUUGUUGCCAAUAUUUCAAAGCUUCCUCCUCAGCACCAAGAAAUAAUCUUGAGGAGCAUUGCAAAGGUGAUUGGUGAAUGUCAUUCAAAGCAACUUGGUGAUAAUGUUGCUGCCAAGUACAAAUUGAUAAAUGGUCAAGACAGGCAGUUGCUCUUCGAAUUUUUUCUUCAUACAGUUCUGUAUCAGCCGCCAUCUCAAGGUAUGGGAAGUUCAGCAGGGCUUUCAAUUAGGCAGACAGAUCGUGUUACUGGGAAGCAACCACUAAAAGGGGAUGCACUUCUAAUGAGAAAGUUAGGGAUCUUAAAUAUUAUUGAAGCUCUGGAGUUGGCUCCAGAACAAGUUUACCCUCUCUAUGUGAUUGCUUGUUCGGACAGUCAAGAGCCUGUUGUUAAGAGGGGGGAGGAACUUUUAAAGAGGAAGGCUUCAGCUGCAAAUUUAGAUGAUCCAGACCUGAUGAAAAGACUAUUCUUACUAUUUAAUGGUACGGCAGGAGUUGAAAAUAUACCUCUGGAUUCUAGACUCAAUCCUGGGAAUGUUGCCUUGCGAAUGCGGCUGAUGUCUAUUUUCUGUCGGUCUAUCAAAGCUGCAAAUUCUUUCCCAUCGACUUUGCAGUGCAUUUUUGGUUGCAUUUAUGGAAGUGGGACCACCUCAAGGCUGAAGCAAUUGGGAAUGGAAUUCACCGUCUGGGUUUUUAAACAUGCAGAAAUGGAUCAGCUGAAACUUAUGGGUCCUGUUAUAUUGAAUGGAAUCUUGAGGUCUCUAGAUGGUUAUUCAAUUACAGAAUCAGAUGCUAUUUCCAGGGAUGUCAAGUCCUUUGCUUUUCAAGCAAUUGGCUUGAUAGCACAGCGCAUGCCUCAACUUUUCAGAGAUAAGAUUGACAUGGCUGUUCGGCUUUUUGAUGCUUUGAAAGUGGAGGAUCCAUUUCUUCGUCUCACCAUUCAAGAAGCGACCAAUUCCCUUGCUGUAGCUUACAAGGGAGCUCCGGCAACUGUCUUGAAAGAUCUGGAGGCACUUCUGCUUAGAAAUUCUCAAGUGGAACAAAGCGAAGUACGCUUUUGUGCGGUAAGGUGGGCAACAUCUUUGUUUGAUUUGAACCAUUGUCCAAGCCGAUUCAUUUGUAUGCUUGGGGUGGCAGAUUCUAAACUGGAUAUAAGGGAAAUGGCUCAUGAAGGUCUCUUUCCCACGAAAAAUGAAGAGCAAACCAUGAGCCAGAAUUUUGACGUUAAAUAUCCUGAUCUUGGAGAGAUGCUAGAUUAUAUUUGUAAACAGCAGCCAAAAUUGUUGGAUUCCACUGGAAUGGCAGAGGAAUCCCUUCUUUUUCCGUCAAAAAUGUAUGUGGCUAUGAUUAAGUUUUUGCUGAAGUCCUUCGAGGCAAGUUUUGAACGAGAUGACUCUGUUCGGGGAACAUCGGAAUUUAACUCCUCAGUGGAGACAAUGUGUCUGUUGCUAGAACAUGCUAUGGUAUAUGAAGGUUCAGUUGAAUUGCAUGCUACUGCCUCAAAGGGAUUAAUUGCUAUUGGAUCUCAUAUGCCCGAGAUGAUAUCUUCACGCUAUGCGGGGAAAGUUUUGUGGUUAAAGAAAUUACUAGGGCAUUUGGAUUUUGAAACACGUGAAUCUGCAGCACGCUUACUUGGAAUAGCUUGCUCUGCUCUUUCUACCGCAGAAGCAUCUGCUCUUAUUUCUGAACUUGUUUCCUCUGUUAGCGGAACACAUAAUUUAAGGUUUGAAAGUCAUCAUGGUGCAUUGAGUACGAUAGGAUAUGUUACUGCAGAAUAUAUGUCGGGAACAGAGCCUAUCUUAGAGGAACAGGUUCAACGUACAAUUAAGUGCCUUGUGGAUGUGGUUAAUUCUGAGACUGCAACAUUGGCUUCCAUUGCUAUGCAAGCACUAGGUCACAUUGGACUGUGUGGCCCAUUACCAGUGCUUGAUCUUGAUUCUGGUUCAGCUGGGGUUUUGACAGUUUUACGUGAAAAGUUGGGGAAGCUACUCUCUGGUGACGAUAUCAAAGUUAUCCAGAAAAUUGUGCUUUCUCUGGGACACAUCUGUAUGAAAGAAACAUCGUUCCCAGUUAUAAGUGUUGCCCUUGAUUUAAUUUUCAGUCUUUGCCGUUCAAAGGUUGAAGAAAUACUCUUUGCUGCUGGAGAGGCUCUUUCAUUUUUGUGGGGUGGGGUUCCUGUGACGUCUGACGUGAUUCUCAAAACAGAUUAUACAUCCCUUUCCCUCUCGUCAAGGUUUCUAACAGGUGACAUGCCUUCAUUCCUGUCAAGGCGCAUGUCCACUGAAGAAAGUAAAGCCAGUGAGGAUUGCCAUACAAUGGUCAGAGAUGUAAUAACUAGAAAGCUUUUUGAUGUUCUUCUAUACAGUAGCAGAAAAGAAGAGCGCUGUGCUGGGAGCGUCUGGCUCCUAUCACUGACAAUGUAUUGUGGGCAUCAUCCAAAAAUCCAACAAUUGCUUCCUGAAAUUCAGGAAGCAUUUUCACACCUCCUUGGUGAACAAAAUGAGCUCACUCAAGAUCUUGCAUCUCAAGGCAUGAGUAUUGUGUAUGAGCUUGGUGAUGAAUCAAUGAAAAAAGACUUGGUAAAUGCACUUGUUGGAACACUGACUGGUUCUGGGAAGAGAAAAAGAGCCAUUAAGCUUGUUGAGAACUCUGAAGUAUUUCAAGAAGGGGCCAUUGGUGAAAAUCUUAGUGGAGGGAAACUUAGUACUUACAAGGAGCUCUGUAGUUUAGCAAAUGAGAUGGGAAAACCAGACUUGAUUUACAAAUUUAUGGAUCUGGCCAAUUAUCAAGCUUCUUUAAAUUCUAAGAGGGGUGCUGCAUUUGGGUUUUCCAAGAUAGCGAAACAAGCUGGGGAUGCUCUUCAGCCACACUUACGUUUACUAAUUCCCAGGCUUUUCCGUUACCAGUAUGAUCCUGAUAAAAAUGUGCAGGAUGCAAUGGCACACAUCUGGAAGUCACUUGUGGCAGAUUCAAAAAAGACUAUAGAUGAACACUUGGACCUAAUUAUUGAUGAUUUAUUGACUCAAUGUGGAUCCAGGCUUUGGCGUUCACGAGAGGCUUCUUGUCUUGCCCUUGCAGAUAUAGUCCAAGGGCGUAAGUUUGAUGAGGUAUCAAAGCAUUUGAAUAGAAUAUGGACAGUGGCAUUUCGUGCCAUGGAUGACAUAAAGGAAACUGUACGGAAUUCAGGAGACAGUUUAUGCCGUGCUGUGAGUUCAUUAACAAUGAGAUUAUGUGAUGUUUCACUUACUCCGAUAUCAGAUGCAAAGAAAACGAUGGAUAUUGUUUUGCCUUUCUUGCUAGCUGAAGGGAUAAUGAGUAAAGUCUCCAAUAUCAGAAAGGCAUCCAUAGGAAUGGUUAUGAAGCUCUCAAAGGGUGCUGGGAUUGCAAUUCGUCCACAUUUGCCAGAUCUAGUUUGCUGCAUGCUAGAAAGUUUGUCGAGUCUUGAAGACCAGGGGCUUAAUUAUGUUGAGUUGCAUGCAGCAAGUGUUGGAAUCCAAACUGAGAAGCUUGAGCAUUUGCGAAUUUCAGUUGCAAAGGGCUCUCCCAUGUGGGAAACUCUUGACCUAUGCAUAAAAGUUGUUGAUGCAGAGUCAUUGGAUCAAUUGGUACCUCGCCUUGCUCAGUUGGUUCGCUCUGGGGUUGGACUGAACACUAGGGUUGGUGUUGCUAGCUUUAUUACCUUACUUGUUCAAAAAGUUGGUGGUGAUAUAAAACCAUUUACAAGCAUGCUUUUGAAGAUCUUGUUUCCUGCCGUUAAGGAGGAGAAAAGUGGGGCAGCAAAACGUGCCUUUGCAAAUGCUUGUGGAGUCGCAUUGAAGCAUUCAGCUCCUUCUCAGGCCCAGAAGUUGAUUGAAGACACUGUAGGGUUGCAUACUGGUGAUAGAAAUGCUCAAAUUUCUUGUGUGGUUCUGCUGAAGAACUUUUCACAACUAGCUGCAGAUGUUGUGAGUGGAUAUCAUGCAACAAUCAUUCCUGUUGCUUUUGUUUCGAGAUUUGAAGAUGACAAGGAUGUCAGUGGCCUCUUUGAGGAGUGGUGGGAAGAAAACACGAGCAGUGAAAGAGUCACCCUUCAAUUGUAUCUGGCUGAAAUUGUCCCUCUUCUUUGUGAGGGUAUUGGGUCCUCAUCAUGGGCAAGUAAGAAAAAGUCAGCCAAAGCAAUCAGAAAGCUGAGUGAAGUUUUGGAUGACUCUCUUUCCUCUCACCAUCAUGUCUUGCUAAAAUCUCUUCUGAAAGAAGCAUCUGGUCGUUUGUGGGAGGGAAAGGAUACUGUUUUAUAUGCAAUAGCUGCUCUUUGUACGUCAUGCCACAAGGCUAUUUCUGUUGAAGAUACCACAUCCCUGAGUUCCAUUUUGAGUGUAAUUUCAUCAGCAUGUACCAAAAAGGUCAGAGCAUACAGUGAAGCUGCUUUCUCCUGUUUGAAACAGGUUGUGAAAGCAUUUGGUAAUCCAGAGUUGUUCGUUAUGGUUUUCCCCUUAUUAUUUGAGCUGUGUAAUCAAAGCAUUGUUGCAAAGCCCGGGCAAGCAAGUUUGUCAAAUGAUACAAGUAUUACAGAAGAGGAGAAAGCAGAAGAUAUUUCUCCUUCACAUGAUAAGGUACUGGACUGUAUAGCGUCUUGUAUAAGUGUAGCACAUUUAAAUGACGUCAUUGAACAGAGGAAGAACUUGAUGCAUGUGUUUUUAUCUGCACUUGCACCUGGUUUGCCAUGGACAGCCAAAGUUUCAAUCUUUUCAUCCAUUAAAGAGCUCAGUUCAAAGUUCCAUCACAUUGCUAAUGACUCUCAGAACAACUCUCUACAUGCCAGUGCAGCUUCUUUCAUUCAUGAGAUGUUUCACUCUGUGUCACCCAAAGUAGUUGAAUGCAUAAGCACAGUAAAGAUUGCCCAGGUUCACAUUGCUGCUUCAGAGUGCCUUCUAGAAUUGACCGAGCUGUACAAAGAAUUUGCUCCAGUGCAGUGGCAAGAUAUUGGAUUUAAAAGCGAGCUCAUUUAUCUAUGUGAGGUGGAAAAGAAUGAAUUGGCGAAGUCAUCACUAAGGAAAUGUAUCAAUGUGAUUGAAAAUCUUGAGCAAGGAAGUGCCCCAGUGGUCUAACUUCAUAUCAAACAAAGAAGCCAUAAUGCUCACUGUAGAUAGCUUAGAAGUUUAAUCAGAUCAUCUGUAACAUAUUCCAUUAUAAAUCAUUAAAUAUUCUAGUCUAAAUCAUUGCAGUUUCUUCCCCCUUUUUUCA